AUGGUUUCCGCGGCCGUGCUCCUCGGCCCUCCCAUCUCCGUCGACACCAAGAUGGCGGACCCCAAGUCCAAGCCCAAGGCCAAGACACCGUCCAAGCCCAAGCCCAAGCGCCAGCAGUCCCGCAACUCGUCGACGUCGGACGACUCCGACGAUUCCAGCGAUUCCAGCGAUUCCAGCGACUCCGAGCCCAGCUACGGAGCGCGCUCGCGGGCGGAGAAGAAGGCGCCGCGGGCCGCGCGGCCGCUCUCCCACACCUCCUCGGGCGACUCCUGCGUCGACUUCUUCUUCCAGGUCGUCCCCGGCGCCACGGCGGCCGCCGACGUGGCCUCGCUCCUCAGCGUCGCCUGGGGCAACGACGCGCGCACGGCGCUCAGGCUCGUCUGCCACCUCCGCGGCGUACGCGGCCUCGGCAAGUCCGACAGGGAGGGCUUCUACGCCGCCGCGCUCUGGAUGCACGCCAACCACCCCCGCACCCUCGCCGCCAACCUCGCCAUCUUCGGCAAGUUCGGCUGCCUCAAGGACUUCCCCGAGAUCAUCUACCGCAUCCUCCACGGCCCCCGCGACGACCGCAAGGACGACGUCGACGACGACCACGACAGGCUUCCGCGCAACGGCUCCAAGCGGCGCCGCGGCGUCGACGGGGCCGAGGCCGCCAGGGCGAAGCGCCAGAAGGAGGUGGAGCACGCGCGGGUCACCGUCGCCCGCUACGAGUCGGACGAGAGCUUCCGCUUCCUCUACGACCGCGUCGCCGACCUCUUCGCCGAGCUGCUCAAGUCCGACCUCGACCACCUGCGCUCGGGCGACACCGCCAAGAUCGGGCUCGCCGCCAAGUGGUGCCCGUCGCUCCGCUCCUCGUACGACCGCUCGACGCUGCUCUGCGAGGCCAUCGCCCGCCGCAUCUUCCCGCGCGACUCCAGCCCGGACUACCUCGGCCUCUCCGACCAGCACUACGCGUACCGCGUCCGCAGCCGCCUCCGCCGCGAGGUGCACGUGCCGCUGCGCAAGGUCCUGGAGCUCCCGGAGGUGUACAUGACCAAGGGCAAGUGGGACGAGCUCCCCUACGCGCGCGUCGCGUCCCUGGCGAUGCGGCAGUACAAGGAUGCCUUCCAGAAGCACGACAAGUCGGGCGUCGAUGGCUUCUUCGACGAGGUGCGCUCCGGGCUGGCCAAGAUCCCGGCGGACGCGGUGCUGCCGCACGACAUCGUGGCCGCGGCACUCAAGGGCGAGCACGACGAGUCCGCGGAGCUCCAGUGGCGCCACAUGGUCUCCACCCUGGCGUCCGAGGGCCGCCUCACCAACUGCAUCGCCAUGUGCGCCCUCUCCAGCUCCGUCGAGAAGCCGCCGGCAUCCGCGGCCAUCGCGCUGGGGCUCCUCAUCUCGGAGCUCAGCCAGGAGCCGUGGAAGGGGAGGCUCAUCACGUUCGACGCCACCCACCAGCUGCACAAGGUGCACGGCGCUUCGCUGGUGGAGAAGCUCCGGCCGCUGGCCGCCGUGAGGGCCCAGAAGGGCGCGAACCUGCAGGCAGUCUUCAGCAAGAUACUGAACGUGGCGGUGGCGGGCAAGCUGGACAAGGAGAUGAUGGUGAAGCGGGUGUUCGUCCUGAGCGACAUGGAGUUCGACGGCUGGGUCGGCGGGGAGGCCUGGGUGUCGGAGCACGAGGCGAUUAGGAAGAAGUUCAUGGCCGAGGGCUACGCCGUGCCGGAGGUGGUCUUCUGGAACGUCGGCACGUCCAAGGCGUCGAUGCCGGUCGUGGCGGCGCAGGCCGGUGUGGCGCUGGUGAGCGGCUACUCGAAGAACCUGGUGCGGCUGUUCCUGGAGGCUGAUGGCGUGCUCACGCCGUCUGCCAUCAUGGCAGAUGCCAUCUCCGGCCCCGAGUACAACGAUCUCGAGGUGCUCGACUGA